GAGCGGGGCGGGCAGCGUGGCCAGGUCUCGGCCCUGCGCGCGGUCUAUAACGGCGCACGGAGAAACUCGCUAGUUUACUGUGCUCGCUCGAGGCUGCGGGAUGCAGCCCGUGGUGCUGGUCACCGGCGCCAGCAGUGGCAUCGGCUCCGCCCUAUGCAAGCGGUUACUGCAGGAGGACGCUGGGGUCCGGCUGUGCCUGGCCUGCCGGAGCAUGCAGAAGGCUGCUGCCACCAAGGCCAUGCUGCUGGCUGCCCACCCUGCCGCCCAGGUUACCUUCGUGCACCUGGAUGUCAGCAGCCUGGAGUCUGUCCUGCAGGCAGCCAGCGAGAUCCAGUGCAGGUUCCAGCGCUUGGACUGUCUCUUUCUGAAUGCUGGGACCAUGCCAAAUACCCAUGUUAGCUUCAAAGCACUGAUCUCUGGUCUCUUCUCCGGGAAAGCAGUCCAUAUGCUGAGCACAGCGGAGGGGCUGUUAACUCAAGAAGACUGCAUCACUGCAGAUGGCCUGCAGGCUGUGUUUGAAACCAACCUCUUUGGGCACUUUAUACUGAUUCGGCAGCUUAAGCCUCUGCUAUGUUGCCUUGAAAAGCCCUCCCUGCUCAUCUGGACAUCUUCCAGCAAUGCCAGGAAGUCUGCUUUCACUCUCACUGACUACCAGCACAGCAAAGGCAAAGAGUCUUACAGUUCCUCCAAAUAUGCCAUUGACCUUGCUAGUGUGGCUCUGAACAAGCACUUUAACAAGCAGGGGCUGUAUUCCAGUGUAGUUUGUCCGGGUCUUGUGAUGACUAACCUGACUUAUGGAAUUCUGCCAUCUUUCUUCUGGAAGCUGCUUAUGCCCAUCAUGUGGAUAAUCCGCUUUUUCACCAAGUCUUACACACUAACUCCAUACAAUGGAGCAGAAGCUCAGGUAUGGCUCUUCAAACAAAAGCCAGAGUCACUGGAUGCACUAAUGAAAUAUCACAGCUGUACUUCACCAAUGGGGAAGAACUAUGUGGAGUCCCAAAAGAUGGAUGUGGAAGAAGAAACUACUGAAAUAUUUUAUCAAAAGCUGUUGGAACUGGAGAAGCAUGUCCUAGCAAGAUUGAAUGCUCCCUUUAGCUCUAAGUAACAAGAUCCAGACAAGGCCUCCAAGGACAAAUCUUUCUGGCACUAGUGACAUUGGAGUUCCUUCUAAGUGGGUAUUAUGUGUUUGCAGUAGAGGCCUUCUUGGAGACCUGUGGCUUUGUAGCACCUCUCAUCCUUCGCUCAGUCUGGGAAGGAGUGAUUUCCUAGAAUGGGAAAUAUGAGAGGGAUUGAAUAGUUAUUUAGUCUCUUGGAGUCCAGUACGAGAUUGCUCUCUCCACUAACGCUUUCUAGUAACUUGCCUAAACCAGGCCUCCAUUUCUGUACGUCCUGGUCUUCACAAUAAACUGCAGGUUCCAAGAA